GAUUGAUGCUUAUAACACUGGUGGCCAAUCAGAAUGUGAGAAGCUGAUCAGAGAGCAAUUUGGUCAGCUCAUGUACCAGGAGGGUAAAGGACAGAUUAUCAACAGAUCGGAAUAUUUAAGAUGGAAAUUUAGGGACUUGGAUCAGGUCAUUUUACCUAUUGAAGCAUCAUUGAGCCGUUACGAUCCUUUGGGAAAAUGGUCAGAUCACGAGGCAUGCUGGCAGAUGCAAUACAGAGGAUCUUUGGGGGAGACUCUACUUCAUGUUUUGAUUAUUUGCGAUACUAAAAUUCACACAAAACUUGCCAGAACUUUGAUAAAAUGUUUUCCAAAACUUGCGUUGGAUGUUGUGGAAGGGGAAGAAUAUUUAGGUGCUGGAGCAUUGCAUCUGGCCAUUGCUUACAAUAACAACGAACUAGUCCAAGAUCUAGUGGAAGCUGGUGCAAAUGUUAACCAAAGAGCAAUAGGUAGCUUUUUCCUACCCAGAGAUCAGCAAAAAACGCGACCUGCCAAACACACAGACUACGAGGGUCUGGCCUACUUAGGGGAAUACCCGCUGGCGUGGGCAGCGUGUUGCGCAAACGAAAGCGUCUACAAUCUAUUGCUGGACAACGAAGCCCAUCCUGAUCUUCAAGAUAGCUUUGGGAACAUGAUCUUACACAUGGUAGUCGUCUGCGACAAAUUGGAUAUGUUUGGAUAUGCUUUAAGACAUCCAAAACUACCCGCUAGCAACGGUAUAAUCAACAAAGCUGGACUAACACCUCUUACAUUAGCCUGCAAGCUAGGAAGAGCAGAAGUAUUUAGAGAAAUGUUAGAGCUCUCCUGCAAAGAAUUCUGGAGGUACAGUAACAUUACCUGUUCUGCUUAUACUUUAAACGCUUUGGACACACUGCUACCCGAUGGAAGGACCAACUGGAAUUCUGCUCUUUUUAUUAUACUUAACGGAACUAAAGAAGAACAUUUAGAUAUGUUAGAUGGGGGGAUAAUACAAAGACUGUUAGAAGAAAAAUGGAAAGCCUUUGCUAGAAAUCAGUUUCUUAAGCGUUUGAUAAUUCUGAUAGUUCAUUUGGCAGUUAUGUCACUUGCUGUCUACAUGAGACCGGAUGAUCCCGACGAAAACUUGAUGGAAUGGUCAGAAGAUCCCACUGUUGUAGUGAGGAUUGCAGCUGAAAUAGGAACAUUAUUAAAUGUUCUGAGUUAUCUGAUCUUUCAACAAGGGGACGAAAUACGAAAUCAAGGUUUCUGGUCAUUUUUAAAACAACAAGUCAAUUCUGCACCAAAAUUGAUAUUUCUACUAUCAAAUUUGAUGAUCUUGGCUUGUAUACCUUACAGACUUUCAGGAGAUCGCGAUACCGAAGAAACUAUUUUGAUUUUUGCUGUUCCCGGAUCUUGGUUUCUUUUGAUGUUCUUUGCUGGAGCUGUGCGUUUGACAGGACCUUUUGUAACGAUGAUUUACAGUAUGAUCACUGGUGAUAUGAUUACGUUUGGUAUCAUUUAUUCCAUAGUUUUGUUUGGGUUUUCACAAUCAUUCUUUUUCCUGUAUAAGGGCAAUCCCAGUGUAAAUGGGACAUUAUAUCAUAGCUAUAGUUCAACUUGGAUGGCUUUGUUUCAAAUAACAUUGGGCAACUAUGACUAUUCAGAAUUAGCUAUGACGACAUAUCCUGGUGUAGCAAAAUCGGUUUUUGGACUUUUUAUGGUUUUUGUGCCGAUACUUCUUUUGAAUAUGUUAAUCGCUAUGAUGGGCAACACUUACGCCCAUGUCACUGAGCAAAGUGAAAAAGAAUGGAUGAAACAGUGGGCCAAAAUCGUUAUUUCACUCGAGCGGGCCAUACCUCAAAAGGAAGCUCAUAACUACUUGCAGGAAUACAGCAUCUCUUUGGGUCCUGCAGAGGAUCCUGCUACAGAGCAGAGAGGUGUGAUGGUGAUAAAAUCAAAGAACAAAACCAGAGCUAAACAAAGAAAAGGAGCUGUAGCCAACUGGAAGAGGGUAGGAAAAGUGACUAUAAACGCUUUAAAGAAAAAAGGUAUGACUGGAGAGGAGAUGAGAUGCCUGAUGUGGGGUAGAGAGUCUAUAACAACCCCUAUCAAGAUCAAGGGGGCUAAAAAAGAUCCUUUAAGCAAACCUCAAGGUACAGAUUUGGGUAAUGGCUUCGGAGGUGCCCUUACAGCAGCUUUAGAUGUGAUGUCGUUCAGCAAUGACACUGAUUCUAAGACACAAGGAAAAAAUUUGACCAAAAAUAAUGUUCAAAAUCCUACUGUUAAUUACAGUGCACUGGAUAAUAAUCAAAUUAAACAGGUUACACCAAGCAAUAGUAAUGUACAGUUAAACAAUCAAAUAAAUAAAGUUCUAUGUGCGAAUAAUACAGAUGUGUCCAUGUUGAGCGCUUUUAACCAACUUGCUGCGUCUCAGGAUAUAAAAGAUACAAGACUAAAUACUACAGUAAAUAAUUUCAAUAUUAUUAACCAAGGCAAUGCUAACCUUACUAUGGUUAUAUCAGCUUCCGCAAAUGUUGUACCGCAAGAUCCUCUACGCGAUCUAGUCUUACAAUCUCUAGACCAACCACCAAAAAAUCCGGAAAAUUUGAAAAAUCUAGCGAUACAAGCAGCUAACAUGCCGGAAACUACUGAAGAAAUUCCAGUGCAGAGUAAGGCCACUGCAUCUGUCAAAAAUUUGGCUGGAAUUUUUGCUGGAACUGAAAACUUCAUCAAGAAAGUUGAAGAGAAAGUUAAAAAGAAAUAUUCGGUGUUAGAAACAAGCGAUUGCGAAGGUUUUGGAGAAGUGGUCCUUGGCAAAAUAUCCAGAAUAAAGAGGGCAAAGUCAGCGCAUCUUAGAAACUCAGCUUCGAAAAAAACACCCGUGGACAAGUACAAACUGAUCGUAUCCAGUAGUUCCAGUUCUUUGGAAUCACCCACAGCAGAUAACGCUUCAAAUUUGGAAUCCAGCAAUCUGGAAUACGCUGCUGAAAGAAUGAAAGCUGUCAAGGAACAAUUGAAGAACGAUUCGUCUUCAAAUGUCAGACCUAUUAAUAUCGAUGCUGCUAUGAGAGAAGAUGAACAAAUAAUAUUAGGAACUAUCUCAGAAACUACAUUGAAAAUUGAAGGUUCCGGAGAAGGAGAAAUCCCAGAAUCCGCUAAUAUUAACCGUAAAAAAGAAAAGAAGAAAAAACGAUCAAAAACUGCAAAAAAUAACAGGGUUGAACCGGCAACUGUGGAAACAAGACCGUACAAGUCAGCCAGCAAUGUAAAAACUGAACAGGAAGAACCAUGUAGUUCCCCUGACCCACUUGAACCUUGGAGUACCAAAAAUAUCACAGAUAUGAACACAAUUCUGGCAUGGGAAAGAGAAGAAGACAGUAUUUAA